UCAACACCUGCUCUCAAUAUCUCUCCUGCCCCUGAUUUUGCCAUUAGUCUACCCUGUUAUACUCUCAUGUUCUACCCAAUAACCUAAUUACUUUCCAAUAAAUUGCAGACAUCUCUCUUUGACACUUGAAGGCGCCAUGUCCAUGCACAUGGAAGGAAAGACUACGUUUUAAUGAAGAUCAAGUUCAAGAAACCUGACAAGUUGUAAACCCUCAAACUAACAAGCUGCACUAUCCUUGCCACGUCUCUACACAAGCCAACAUUUAGUAGGAGUGUUUUGAUUGGACGAGACAGAUCAGCCUCGCACCCCGAGCUGUGCCAUUACGCGCAGGAGAGCGCGCACGUGCCCUCUGGACUGCAGCCGCGCGCAGGUGACUCGAGAGGACCCCACUGAGGACGGCAGUGAAACACGAGCUCCUGUGUAGGCUACAUCGGAGCAUUCUCACCAUGGCCACUGCACCCUGAGGGGAGAUGGAUUUGGAUCUGGAUUUUGGAGAGGUGAUGGGUGAGAACGGGUCGAGCUGUUUGUCCCGGAAUGAGAGCGACCGCCGGUUGCAUGCUUCUUCCGCCGGGUUGUCCACUGCGCUGGCCAGCGUGCUGAUCUUCACCAUCAUAGUUGACAUCCUGGGCAAUGUCCUGGUCAUCCUGUCCGUGUACAGGAACAAAAAGCUCAGGAAUGCAGGCAACAUCUUUGUGGUGAGUCUGUCAGUAGCAGACCUGGUGGUUGCUUUGUACCCCUACCCUCUGGUCCUGACCGCCAUUUUCCAUGAUGAUUGGACCAUGGGUGACCUACACUGCCAGGCAAGUGGCUUCAUCAUGGGCCUGAGCGUCAUCGGCUCCAUCUUCAACAUCACGGCAAUCGCAAUCAACCGGUACUGCUACAUUUGCCACAGCCUCCACUACGACCGGCUGUACAGUCUGAGGAACACCUGCUGCUACGUGGGCCUCACCUGGUUCUUCACCGCACUCGCCACGGUGCCCAACUUCUUUGUCGGCUCGCUGCAGUAUGACCCACGUGUCUACUCCUGCACCUUCGCCCAGACGGUCAGCUCGUACUACACCAUCUCAGUGGUGGUCAUCCACUUUCUGAUCCCGCUGCUGGUGGUGUCCUACUGCUACAUGAGGAUAUGGGUGCUGGUGAUUCAAGUGAAACAUCGGGUUAAACCGGAGCAAAGGACCAAACUGAAACCCAGUGAUGUGAGGAACUUCCUGACUAUGUUUAUGGUGUUUGUGUUGUUUGCCGUGUGCUGGGCUCCACUGAACCUCAUAGGCCUCGCAGUAGCUAUAAACCCAGUGAACGUUGCGCCCAACAUACCUGAGUGGCUCUUUGUCACAAGCUACUUCAUGGCCUACUUCAACAGCUGCCUCAACGCUGUCAUAUAUGGACUGCUAAACCAAAACUUCCGCAAAGAAUACAAGACAAUUCUUCUUGCUCUUUGCAUCCCACGUUUGCUCCUCAUGGAGACCUCCAGGUGUGCCACAGAGGGACUGAAGAGUAAGCCUUCGCCGGCUUAUACAAACAAUAAUGUGGCGGAGAUAAAUGUAUAAUCUUGAUGUUUUACUGGGAAACUAAGAUUAUGUUUCUUUGGAUCCCCAUUGUGGAUUCGUGCCAUAUUUCACCCAGUGCCUUUCAUAAGACUUUUAUGAUUUUCUAGUUAUAAGGAUGUAAUCGUGUUUUCGUUUUCACCAUUUCAGAGACAUUAUCCCCUCAUGUUAAGAGAAAAACAAUCAAUUUCAUCACCGGUACACUGCGCUCUCUUUGCAAAAAUUUAAAGACGGACCACCUGGUUCAUAAGCAAGAAAAAAUAUCGAGGUAACUAGUCAGUAUUUGUCCAAAACAUUCAGAGAUUCAGUCACUACAAACCGGAUAGCUUAUUAUUUGGACAGGGGACUUCCACAUCCCAGCAUCUGUACAUCAU